AUGGCUUCUUCCUCCCAACGGCGCUGCGUUUUCGUUGGGAACAUUCCUUACGACGUCACCGAGGAGCAACUCAGAGAAAUUUGCGGAGAGGUUGGACCUGUGGUCUCCUUUAGAUUAGUCACCGACAGAGAAACCGGAAAACCAAAAGGCUACGGGUUUUGCGAGUACAAGGACGAAGAAACAGCGUUGAGUGCUCUUCGUAAUCUCAAGUGUUACCAAAUCAAUGGCCGUCAAUUAAGAUUUAACUUUGCCGAGAAUGACAAAGGAACUGAUCAGAGUCAAGGAGGAGCACCAGGUCUGCCUGCUACCACUGUGACUGAACCUCAAAAGCAAACCGGAGAUUCAAAUAUGCAUCAACCGGUUGGUCUCCAACUUGCUAUUACAGCUGCAUCGGUUAUGGCGGGUGCGCUCGGUGGUCCCCAGGCCGGUUCGCAAUUUAAGCAAAGUUCGUUGCAGAGUGAUCCCCUGACUCUUCAUCUUGCCUCCAUGUCUAGAACUCAGCUCACCGAGAUCAUAUCCUCCAUUAAGUUAAUGGCUACACUGAACAAGGAACAAACUCGACAGUUGUUGGCGUCAAGACCUCAGCUGCUAAAAGCUGUUUUCCUGGCACAGGUAAUGCUUGGGAUUGUGAGCCCACAAGUCUUGCAGACGCCAUCUCAAGUUGUUCCUCGGCCACCAGUAAUAAACAGACCAUCGAAGAUGAUGAGAGUGCAACUACAAGAGAAAGCGCCUCAGACACAUCUCACCCCGGAUGUUCAGUCGACGAUGCUCCAGCAAGUAAUGAACCUUACGCCGGAACAGCUGAGGAUGCUGACACCAGAACAACAGCAACAAGUCUUAAAGCUGCAACAAGCGCUCAAGCAAGACCACAUGAUGCAGCCUUUAUAG